AUGUCUGACAUAGUUUGGCGACCAGAAGAUGAUCCAAAUAUCAGACCACCGAUUCAGGAGGGCCAGGUAUACAGGCCAGACAUACUGAACGUAAUCGAGACGACCCUUGAUGGACUGAGCAGGGAGCUAAGGGCUUUAAGUCUCGAUAUUCAUGGCCAUCCAGAGCUGAAGUUCGAAGAAAAAUAUGCCCACGACGCAUGCACUGCAUUUAUGGAAAAACAUAGUUUCACAACUGCGUGGGUAGCUACCUACACCCAUGGACAAGGAGGGCGCGUUUUGGGUGUCAACGCUGAGAUGGAUGCGCUCCCUGGGAUCGGACACGGUUGUGGACACAAUCUUUUUGGGAUAUCCGCAGUAGCAGUAGCUCUUGCAGCCAAGGCUGCUAUGGAGAGGCUGAACAUCAAUGGAAAAGUAGUUCUAUUGGGUACACCUGCCGGGGAUGGUGGGGAUAGCAAGCGUCUACUGUAUGAAAAGGGGGCUUAUGAUGAGAUGGAUGUAUGCGUCAUGUCCCAUCCCGCACCUGGCCCUCGUCACUCCAUUAAUUUGUCUCGCUCCUUGGCUCUCUCUAGCAUCACGGUGGAGUAUCAAGGCCAUGCCGCUCACGCUGGGUUAAGCCCCUGGGAGGGACUAAAUGCACUUGAUGCGGCCGUCCUUGCAUAUAAUAACAUUUCGCUUCUUCGGCAGCAAAUUAAACCUACUCACCGCGUGCACGGCAUCUUGGGAGGAAAGGAUUGGGCUCCAAGCAGAUUUUCCCGCUUCGAUCCCUCUAUUCACAAGUACAGGUGGUUGGUCCGUGCUCCCACAACAUUGGAGACGGAAGAUACCAGGAAGCGCGUUAUUUCCUGCCUCGAAGCAGCUGCACUCGCAUCUGGAUGCAAAGUUCAACUUAUGAUCAAACCGACACCCAAUGAAAUCAGGCAAAACAAAGCACUUGGCGAUGAGCUUGCUGAUGUCGUUCUGAAGCGCUAUGGUGUUAUGGAUUCCGAAUGGGGUAUGAAAGAUGCUUCUUCUAAUUUCGUGAUGAUGCCUAGUCUUCAUCCUAAUUUUGCCAUCCCGACCAUUCCAAAUGGCGGGAAUCAUACCCUAGGAUUCACGGAAACUGCACGUUCCGAAGUAUCCCAUGACGCCUGUUUGGUGGCAUCGAAGGCACUCGCGGCUGUAGGCAUGCGAGUACUGACUGACGAUGUGUUCUUCCAGAAAGUCAAAGACACAUUUGAGGAAGAUAAGAGACAGAGAGUGUAA